AUGGACCAAGAUAAUAACCCAAACGGCUACAAGCGGAAUUCCAUACACCAAGCGCUAUAUAGCCGACCAGUGGAACGAAGAUCAAGCAAGAAAUCAUCCUCCCAAGACCGCCAUGGUAUGGUCUACCCAGAUAAUUUUCGAGAUACUGCCAUUCGAACGGUGACUCCGGAGGCAAAUUCACCAUUGUCCGACACCGACUACCUCAACCACCACAGCGCGCCUUCACCUCGGUCCACGAUGCGAUCGCGAGCCUUUGAACGUACUGAAGAAGAUCCACCGUCGACGGAGGGGAGGAGCCAGCGCACACGAUCGCGGACAACCACUUUAGAUGAACAGCGCCCUGAUGGCCCAUCCAACAGCGGGAAAACACGGUCACGAAUUGGGUCGAUCAAUGCCUCUAGUUCGUCUCAACAUAAGUCGACAACUAGCGAACCUAAGCGAUCUGAGGAUUCUAGCUCGUCCAUCGGAUUUCCAUCGAUUCAAUCGGGGAAACACGCCGAUCGCCACCGACUCAGCAAAUCCCCUGGCAAUAAUCGGGCCACCCCAGGCUCUCGAAAUCAAGUGUCCUUCGGAACUCCACUCUCAACCACCGAGGCUGCAAAAAUUUUACAACUUAUGAAGACCACCUGUGGUCGAAUGCACGGAAUCCUAUCCUUUCGAACAGCUUCAAACAAUGCAUGGGCUUCAAAUGCCUGGACAUCCGGGUACUGCGCGAUCAACGUCGCGACUGGAAGUCUAAUAUAUCAGGCGAAGGGCGAGCCUGCAUUAGCGAAGACAUUGAUCCCUGAUCUUCGCGGCUGCCGCGUUCGAACCUUGUACGAUGCGGAACUUGCAACUACAUAUCUAAGCGUACAUACUUUUACCUCUGGAUUGGGAAUUCAAUUACGACCGCAUGUGAACGAAACUUUUGAUUCCUGGCUUGCUGCUCUGCUUUGCUGGCAGCCUAUACGUCCCAAGGGUGUUCAAAACAAGAUGACUAAACCUCAAUUGGUUGUGAUUGGGGACCGACGCAUUUCCGAGCGUCGACGAAACUCGGAAAGCGUGAAUCAAAAAGAUGCCGCAAUCAUCAAGGUUGGAAAGAUGCUUUUAUGGGAUAAACCAACUGCUUCUGGUGCACGACCAAUCUCUGCACGGCGUGUGUCGACAUAUCGACAGUCACGCGCCCUUUCUUCCUCGUGGCAACGUGUGGGCUGCACACUUCAGGAGAAUGGCUUUUUCAAACUUUUCACGGAGACGGACGUUUCUCUCGUUGUCACUGUUCAUCUCUCACAAUUAUCUCGAUGUGCUAUCCAGCAGUUGGACUCGUCAGUACUUGACGAUGAGUUCUGUAUUGCCAUAUAUCCACAAUAUACAGCCCAUCCCGUCAAUGAUCCUGCGAUGCAUCCAAUCUAUCUAGCCUUGGAAACCCGUGUUCUGUUUGAAGUCUGGUUUGUCCUGCUACGUGCGUUCACCAUUCCUGAGCUAUAUGGACCCGAAUCCCCGCAUACGCAGGUCGAGGAUGUUCAUAAGACGCCAGAGGCCGAGCCCGAGACGUCCCACAUUAAAGAUAUGUUCCGUAUCGAAAGAAUUCUGAACUUGAGGGUUACAGAGGCAAAGCUUUUCAAUAUUAAGCAAGAAACCCCCCGAAGUCGGAAGCACUCCAAGUCACAUAACUGCUCAACACCAUCUUCACCAAAUACCAGCGACUAUUAUACUGAAGUGCUGUUGGAUGGGGAGAUACGUGCCAAGACUGCUGUCAAAUAUCGUACCACAAACCCGUUCUGGCGCGAAGAUUUUACUUUCAGUGAUCUGCCGCCCGUUCUCUCCCACGCUUCAAUUCUCGUCAAGACACUCAAUCCGACGCACCGAGACUGGACACUCGUAGCGCAUGGGACAUACACAUCCACACAGGAAGUUAAUAUGGUCAACAUGCUGGAUGACAUUGAAAUAUCUACGAAAGAUGCCAUUUUCGGUCGCGUAGAUCUGCGUCUGGAUGAAUUAGAGCCUGGAGUCGAUACCGAAAAGUGGUGGCCUGUUUUAGACGACCAAGAUCAGGCAGUUGGCGAAAUGUUCAUGAAAGUGCGAAUGGAGGAGACGGUGGUGUUGAUGUCUGAAGAAUACACACCCAUGUCAAACCUUCUCCGAUCCUUCAACAAUGGCCUGACAAUCAACAUGGCUCAAGUGAUGUCUUCCGAGCUAACUCAGAUGGCUGAGACGCUUUUGAAUAUCUACCAGGUGUCAAACGUAACAGCUGACUGGAUCUCUGCGCUGGUUGAAGACGAGAUUGACGGUGUCCACAAAGACUCCACCUCCAACCAUCUGCGAUACACAACAAGGAUUCACACGACUGAUUCUGGAGGCGCUGGUCAUGAUCGUAAUGUUCUCGUAAGGGAUAUGGGGCGGACGGCGACGGUGGAAGCUAAUCUGCUCUUCCGUGGAAACUCGCUCCUGACAAAGACACUUGACUUACACAUGCGUCGUCUUGGAAAAGAAUAUCUUGAAGACACGAUCGGAGAGCGACUACGUGAGAUUGACGAGAGUGAUCCCGAGUGUGAAGUUGACCCAGCUCGAGUGCCACGCGCAGAAGACCUCGACCGAAACUGGCGAAUCCUCAUUAGCCUUACCACUGGCGUCUGGAAAGCCAUUGCUAAUUCGUGGACAAGAUGUCCUUCUGAACUCAGGCGAAUCUUCCGGCACGUCCGGGCAUGUGCAGAUGACCGCUAUGGCGAUUUCUUGCGUUCUGUGACGUAUAGUAGUGUUUCGGGGUUCUUAUUCUUGCGCUUCUUUUGCCCAGCCAUUCUCAACCCCAAACUGUUUGGGCUCUUGAAAGACCAUCCCCGUCCGCGUGCCCAGCGCACUUUAACCCUCAUUGCUAAGGCCCUGCAGGGCUUGGCCAAUAUGACGACUUUUGGAAAUAAGGAACCAUGGAUGGAGCCCAUGAACAAGUUCCUGAUUGGGAAUCGUGCUGACUUUAAGCAAUACGUUGAUAAUAUCUGCGACGUCCCGGUUAAUCCCCCGGUGCCUAUCUCAACUCCUUCAUAUACAACCCCCAAUCAGAUUCUGGGCCGACUGCCGGCCACCUCACGUGAAGGCUUCCCUAGUCUUCCAUUCCUGAUCGACCAAUCCCGAUGCUUUGCGAACUUGAUUCGUAUCUGGCUAGAGGUUGUCCCGGAGCGCCUGGCCGAGUUGGAUGAGAUUGACCCAGCCCUCGCCAAAUUCCACCAAUUGGCCCUUCACUUACAGGAACGCACGGAGGAUUGCUUAGAUGAAGCUGAACAAGCGGAGCGACCAAAUGGAAACCUUGAAGUCAAGUGGGAAGAACUAGUAGAUUCCAUGGAGCGAGCCAUUACUUUCUACGAUGAGACCUCAAGUAAACCGACCACGCCAGCUCCUGAAUCGAGCGGCCCAAUAUCUACGCCUGGCUCUGUUCAGCGCGGAUCGGUCGUCUUCGCUAAUCGACUACCCAUGUCUCGUAAAUCAACCGAUGUUGCGCCGGACGAAGAUGAUACGCCACCCAGUUCGUCUUCUGCUACCUGGGAUCAAAGUCGCAUGCCGUUCACCGUACCCCGGUGGUCCGAUGCUCGUGAUAGUACCGGCAGCUCUAAAAACUCCUCUACUUACUCCCUCGAAUUUUCCGAAACCCCCAAGGCUCGCAGAACUAGUGUGUCAAAGGAGACUUCUAAAUACCGCUUUUUCGACUUUGUUCCUGCCCCGUCCCGACGCAAGGCUAAAGACCGGGAUCCGACAUCCCAACCUAACUCUCAUGAGGAUCUUCGAAAUGAGAUCUAA